AAACACAACUGCCGCGGAUGGCUGUGGGUUUCUUGUGACUGCUUUAGCUAGCUAGGUUGAGCUAAAAGAAGUGUAAUUUUACCCAAGCUCUUAGCCUGAGAUUGUUAGGUUGUUGUCCAAGAAACUCGGCGAUUAAUCAGCGAUGUGUGCCGUGGCCAGCUAAUGAAGAGCAGCGGCUGAAAAAAGGGGUUAGCUAGCAGUGACGUUAGCUGCCUUGACAACAAACCUAGCUAGCUUAGCGCUAGCUCGUUAACGCCCGAUCUUUAUGUGAUUUAACAGCUAAUUCCGUCAAGUGUCUGUGUAGAUAAUCAGAUAAUCCUUUAAGAGCUGCCAAAAUGGCCAAUAGUAUCACACCAAUGUUCAACACAAUUAGCUAGUAAGACGAGGCUAGUUCGCUAACUCAGGUGAUAGGCCAUCAGCGACUGUGAGGGAACAAGCUAACAGACGUUGUCCUCCAGCCUGGUCCCAGCAAAAUACAAAGGAAGCUCAUCGAGACUGAUUUAGUGUCAUCAUAUGUUGACUGAAAGCAGGAAGCGGCAGCGCAGUGGUGGUGAUGAGGAGAGCGGCCACCUGGUGCCACAAGCCAAAAGACAGAGCAGAGGUCACCCUCUGUCUCCUCAGCCAGGAAGGGAUGCCUGGGACUCUGAGUCAUCCAACAGCGAGAGCAGCAGCAGUAUCAGUAGUCCGGAACAUGCCGCUGGGAGCUGCACCAGUCAGUGUGUUGCGGGCCCCUGCAGUCCCCUCAGCGUUGGCGAGGCCUCAGAGCCGGCCGGUGUUACGAACCCAGUGACCUACCUGCAGAUCAACCGCAUCCUGAAGCAGGCCCACUUCCAGAGCCUGCAGAGCCGAAGCCACCUCAGAGACACAUGACCACAACUGCGCGUCUCUCUGUCGGCCGCCAGAGGACUGAGGCCCUGAGGCACAUCGGAGCAUCACACGCUGACUCACUUCACUCAGCUCUUCCCACCCAUCUCCAGUUACUGUGAUAUCUCGCAGCUCUGCAUAUCUGUGGAUGGAGACCAGCUCCUGGUCAGGUAUCUGGAGGGGGUUCAUCAUUCAAAUAAAUCAAAAUGAUAAUCAUUUUAGCAAUAAUAACUGUGUGAUCAUAGUCAACAUUUUAUUGUGAUCCACUCGAGCUCUGACCAGUGUGGUUAACAUGCUCCUCUCACAGCCUUAUUGUGACAGUUUGAUGAUGAUGAUGAUGAUGAUGAUGAUGAUGAUGAUGAUGAUGAUGAAUCCCUGUGUUUUGUUUUUAAAUGUCGUAUGAAACCAGUGCUACUGUAGCUGCAGAAAAUGGCACCAAACACAAUUUUUAGGCCGGUCAGUGUGACUCGUUUAGUCCUGUAGGAUACUCUGGUUGUAUAAUGCUGAAUCUGAUGUCUGUGUGAGUACAUGGACCAGUCUCAGGGAGGAUUUGCACUUGUCUUGGACUGCUCAUUUGCUUUCAUAUUCAGACAGGGACUCCUUUACAGGGACAUAUAGGAGCCAUAGGCGUUAACUUGGCCAAGGAGGUUAUUUUUUUUUUCUGUUAAUAGAGUUUUCACUAGAUUUCAUUUAGCUGUAGUGGAGAGUCAGUUUUUUUCAUGCAGAUCACAAUUUUUAAAGGAUUUCAGAACACAUAAUUUUCUGUUAAUUACUGCACUUAAUUCAAAUAAUGCACAUCCCCAGCAGUUGUGAGCACCCUUGCUUUCUAGCUAUGUCCACAAGAGUUUCUUUUUAUGUGAUUGCUAAAUUGAUUUGUCUCAGCACAACACAACCUGUCUUCGAAUGACCGUGAUCAGUAAUAACACUGUAUGGCCAAAUGUCACUGACAUCAGAAUUGAAUGUCAUUGUUAAAAAACUAGGUCUGCACAAAAUGCUCAAAUAUCAUACCACAAUUAAAGGAGAAGAGUUUAGUUUUGGAGAAGAAAUUCAAACUCAGAAUUAUAAUAUUUACAAUAUAAAUGAGGUAUUAAUACAAACCUAAUAACAUACCUGAAUAAACAAGAUGUCCCAAGAACAUUGAUUGAUGCUAGAAAGGUGGCAGGGUCUGCCAGAUAUAAGCAAAGUCAAACAGUAUGAAACUGUUUUGUCCUUUAACGUGAGUUUGUUUAUUCAGCUUAUUCAGUCAUGAAAACUGAGAGUUUGUUUAUUAAAUGUGUUGAUGCAGAUGAACAUCAAUGAGUGAAGAUCUUUCUGUUCUGUUUAAAAUCUCUUCCCCAAAACUACACGUUGCACCUUUAAUUUGACUGAUAUUUUGAUUGUGAUAUGAUUCAAGAUUAGUGGGAAUGAUCCUUUUCGAUCUCAUAAAAAAAACUAUUAAAUCACGACAAUGUGACAAAAAGACACCUGGAGAAGGAGAUUUGUAGGUGAGGACAUCUCUGAAGCACUACUUUACUACAUCAUGAUGCUGUUCUGUCGCGUUUCUCAGUUUCUCAGAAAAUUGCGCUUCUUACUUCGAUUAUAUUUGAAUUAAUUGUGCAGUCGUAACACAAGCUGAUGUUGCUGAAACCAAAGGAGGCAUCCAUGCUGUACCACUGUAGAGGGAUGGUGCACCUGUGGUGGUCAGCAGUCACCAACAUGAAGGAUUAAGGAUUAUAGAUGAUCACGUCUGGCAUGUCUUUCGAAGGAAUUUUGAGGAUCGAUCCAAAUUGAUUCAUAUCAAACUCCGUCAUGGGAUGACAAAACUGACCAUGUCGAGAUCAUGAGAACAACAAUUUAGUAUUCUUUUAUGACAUGAGGAAUUUAGCGGUUUAUGCUUAUUUUUGUUUACGGCCGCGGAAAUAUGUCGUGUUGUGACCACAAGGAGAAAACAAACAGCAGUUGCUCCCGUGAACUUUGCAACCUUCCAUAAUCUUAGACUUUUUUUUCAUAUUGUAUGGAGGGCUUCGAUGUGGCAUUUGAGUGUGUAGGAAAACGUAGUUCUUUCCAGAGCAGGAGGGGCGGGGGGGUUUCAGUAGGAACAAUAAGACAUUCCACUGGCUUUGUUUGCAGUAUCACUGGAGCCACUUGCAGACGAGCCUCUCUUGCCGUGCACUACCAUUAGAUGGUUGCUGUGUGUGCGUGUGUGUGUGCGCGUGCGUUUGUGUCCCUGUGCACUGAACAUCCAGGUACAAGCACUGACCGUUACGGCUGUGCGUCUCUCCUUUUUUUUUUUUUUGUCUUAGAGCGGGGUCGGAUUCAUUGCCUCAUCCCAGGAGGAAGCUCAGCUGUUUUUAGUUUCUUUUUUCUUGAAAUCAUUUUUGAAGAUGUGGUUUAUUUUUAUUUUUUUCUCUCAAUGAUAUCUAUUUUUUUGUAUUUAGUAAUGUACAUGACAUUAACCCGACACUGAUGUU